AUGAUAGGGGAUUUCAAGGUGAUAAAGAGAUGCAGCACAACAAAUGCAAGGGUUUCGACACUUGAGCUAAACGGUACAUCCCUGGAACUUCCUAUAUUCAUGCCUGUGGGAACUUAUGGAGCGAUGAAGGGCAUCCGUGUCUCUGAUCUCGAGGAGAGCAUGAUUCUGACAAAUACAUACCAUCUUAGAGAGCUGGGAAAAAACAUCAAGGAAUUUAUGAAGUACAACAGGGGAAUGCUGACCGACUCUGGAGGAUUCCAGAUUGGAAGCCUACCUGAUGUUGUUGUCACCGAGGACGGAGUAAGGUUUGGAGAUAGCCUGUUUACGCCGGAAGACAGCAUGAACAUACAGAUGAUGCUGGGAGCUGACAUUAUCAUGCAGCUCGACGAUGUUGUGAAUCCGUGUGACACAAGGGAGAAGAUAGAAAUUGCAAUGAGAAGGUCUAUCAGAUGGAUGGAUAGGUGUAUCAUGGCGGUUAACGACUGCAGGGUGGACGAGCCUAGCAAAAAGGUCAAGAGAAGCAUGGAUGUUCCGCAGAUAAGGCUUGACGCGGAGAGCAGGCAGAUACUGUUUCCUAUAAUCCAGGGGGGUCUUGACGAGGGGCUGAGGGCGGAAAGCAUCGCAGAGAUCCUCAAGAGAUCCCCAAAAGGCCUUGCAAUAGGAGGCCUCAGCGGGGGAGAAGAAAAGUCCGAGUUUGCAAGGAUUGUCCACUUCUGCACAAAGAGCCUUCCGCCGGACAUCCCGAGAUACCUGAUGGGUGUAGGAUAUCCCGAAGACAUUGUGGUGUGUGUUGCAUUAGGAAGUGAUAUGUCCGACUGUGUGUAUCCAACAAGAACGGCCAGGUUUGGAAAGGGGCUUUCUGACUCAGGUGAUGUCUGCUUCACCUCGAAGCUCAAAAGCGACAAAAGAAAGAUAGACGAAACCUGCGGCUGCUAUACAUGUUCCAAGUACUCAAGAGCAUUUCUGUUUGCACUCAAGGGAACCACCAAUUUCUGCAUGCUUCUUACGAUCCACAACCUGUACUACAUGAGGAGCCUCACAAGGAGAAUCAGAGAGUCCAUAACGGAGGAUAGAUACCCCGAGUUUAUUAAGAACUUUAUGGCAAGUCGAUUCAAGGAGGUGCCCGCAUGGAUCCGAACAGCACUGGGAAAUGUCGGUGUCGAGAUCUAA